AUUUCUCUCAACGGUCAAAAAUAAACACCCAUUUAAAUUCCAAAUCUCCGUACUGGCUUUGGAAACUAGCCGUUACCAUAGCGAAAUAGAAGAAACUAUUCGAAUACCCUAAUUCAUUCAUUCAUCACAAAAUUUCAAAAAUCUCCAUCUGGUCAUUCUCAAUUCACCAAACCUUCCAACACACACAUCCUCUCUCUACCAACACGCACACUCUCUCUCCAUAUCGGCGAAAAGGUUCAUCAAUGGCAGCAACUUCCAACAGAUCCCCUUCCCCAAUUUCAUACAGACCAAACCCUAAUACAAGAUCCUCAGAAACCAAUUCCAAAAUCAGAAAAAGUUAUAGUGGAAACCCAUUCAGGCCUUCAAUACUUGCAACCCCUAAAAAUUUCAAUCCUGUCACCCCUGCUAAUAGCCCUUCAGAUUUUGGGCGAAGACACACCACUGAGAAAGAAGGAUUUGUGGCAACACCUGGCUUCUUCGAAGAGAAAGAGAACGAUAAAGAUCCAAAUUCGAAGCCGGUGAAGGUCCGAUCACCGGCAGUGGUGAAGGGUUCCAAGAAUUUCAUGACUCCGACCAUCUCUGCGGCUUCAAAGUUCACUCCAUCGCCAAGAAAAAAAGUCUUGACAGAGAGGAAUGACCCUGUUCGCGUCUCUUUUGAUGGAAAACCUCCAUUUGUGGAUGGUUCAGGAGAUACUGAAUCAAAGCCAGAGAUGGGUUUGAAAUACAAGAAGGUUGAGAUUCCAUUUGAUUCAACUUUCCCGUAUUUGGAUCACAAGGAGGAGGUAGUUCUUGGACCUCAAUCGACCUCCAAAGCUCCUGAAAAAGGCAUCUGUUUCAGUACUCAGGUACCUUCAAGUUAUCUUAAGGCCUCGGAUUCAUUAUCUGAGACUAUAACUGUUGAAUCUGAUUGUGUGAGUGUUGAUACAACUUCCAAUAUCAAGCCUUGUUUCUCAUCAGUGUCACCCAUUAUAGCUCCGCUUGAUGCCGACCCAUCUCUUCCUCCUUAUGAUCCCAAAACCAAUUACCUUUCACCAAGGCCUCAGUUCCUUCACUACAAACCCAACCCAAGAACUGAACUUUAUCUGAACAAGGAAAAGGGGCUAACUUUUGGGGAUGGUGGUAAGAGGCUUGAAGACAGUUUUGUGUCUGAAAACUUUUCAGACACUGAAUUUACAGAAGAAUCUCAGUCUGAAGAUUCAUUGAAAGAAUCAGAGGAUGAUUCUUCAGCUGAGAUCAUAACUGAAGAAGAAGAAGAAGAAGAGCCUCAUGUUUCUGAACCAAAGCCCAUUAGUACCUCAAGUAGCACCCAUUUGUCUGAGGAGACUGUUAAAGCAAAGAAAUUGCAGAGUCCUCAGUUCUUUACCAGAUCAAAGUUUGUUUUUUUUGUUCUGGUCCUCUUGAUUGCUUGUUUAUCGAUCUCAGUUACUGAUUCUCCGGUCAUUGGUCCAUCUGUCUUCAAUGAUUUUAGCUUCUCUGUGCCCUAUGAUCCAUCUGAAAUUCUGGUCUUUGCAAAAGAAAAUUUUAAUGGGUUUGUGAGAAACUUCAAGCAUUGGUCAGCCAAUUGUAUAUCCUCUCUCUCCAGGCUAAUUCACAUCCCAGAUAGAGUAGAUAAAUUGGGUCCAUUGCAAUUCAGUAACUUGACUGCUUUGCAAGAGGAUGUAUUAGUUGAUGGGUACACUAAGAUUGACCUCAUUGAGGACAAGUCAGAAGAGAGGUAUGAAGAAGAUGAUUUGGAACUUGCACCAGAGGGGGAGGUUGAAAUGGAACUAUUGGAAGAGAAGGGUCAGCCAGAGUUUGAAUCAGAUGAUGAAAUCAGUGAAGAAGCUUCACAACAAAGACAUAUUGAGCCAGAAAUUGAAGAUAAUACGCAUUUGAUAAUACAAGCUGAAGUAAUGGAAGCUGAUAGUUCACAAGAGAUUCAGAACCAAGAACAAAGUGAUUCUGAUUUCCACAUCAACUCAGAACCACAGAUAAAUGAAGUAUUUGAUGAUCAUUUGAGUGAAAUUGAGGCUUCUGAGGUCAAACAUGAUGUUGAUCUGGGUGCUAAUGAUGUUGAUUUGGGUGCUACAGUUGAUUCUGCUGCAGCUGAGGCCAAUCCUGAAAUGUCCUCAGAUAGUGAUCCUUCUUUGGGGGAUGCACAAAGUGUGGAAACAAUGAGUGCUUCUCUUCAUGGAUCAGAAGACAAAUUGUCCCUCCAUGAAAGGACUUCUUUGCUUGUUCUGUCACUGGCUCUGGCUCUAGUGUCAGCUACAGCUUUCAUUUAUUUCAAGCAAUCGAAAACCACCAGUCCAAAUGUUGCGGUUCAUGUCGAUCCAUUGUUGCCUAAGAAGCUUGUUUUCAGCUCAAUUUCACCCACCAAUGAGCACACAUACCAGGACAAAGCAGCUUCACAUAAUUGGCCGACGGAGGUUGAUGUUGCUGGAGAAUCAUGUCCUUCAGAGAUGAGCAGUUUCCAGAAGAGCUCAUCUUAUGGCAAGAAAGUGCUGAGUGGAACAAAUGAAGCUCAAAGCCAAGAAAGGAGGCUGAGGAAGAACACUAGAAGAGAAUCAUUGGCUUCUUCAUCAGAUUACUCGAUGGAACCUUCGCCUUCAUAUGGAAGCUUCACCACAUAUGAGAAAAUUUCAAGCAAGCAUGGAUAUGUAGAUGAAGAAACAGUGACUCCAGUUAGGCGUUCAAGCAGGAUCAGAAGCCAAGUCACUUCGCCGUGAUGAUUUAAAAGAAGAAGCCAUUGUCUUCUGCAACUACUCAUUGUUGUGCAGUUCUUCUGUCCAUCUCUAAUAUGAAGAUUGGCUUUUUAGUUUCUGACUUAGGGAGGAGUGAUUGAUUGUAAUUUGGGCACAUUGUCAUGCAAUGGACAUCUCUACUUAGGGAGUGUUUGAUUGUAAUUUGGGCACAUUGUUCACACGCAAUGAACAUCUCUAGCAAGUGUUGAUUGUAAUUUAGGCACAUUGUUUACGCAAUGAACAUCUCUAGUAAUAGUGUUUGAUUGUAAUUUGGGCGCAUUAUUCAUGCAAUGAACAUCUCUAGUAAUAGUGUUUGAUUAA